UUGCCCGUGGCCCCCACACGCUUCUGCCCUCCACGCCGAAAGGACUUCCUUUCUGAAUGAACAGGUUUAGGCCGCACGGAAACGGCGUAUCGGCUUAGGAAAGCGCGCGAUGAGUCAACGCCGUCGCCUUCCCCACGUGGACGUGGACAUCGACCAGGAGGAUCCUCGCGGAGGCGUCAUGGCCGUCCUGCGAGCGGUGAGGCCUCGCUGGAGGCCCGAAGGCGUCCGCCUGAAGACCUUCACCGAGGGCCUCACCAACCGUCUCCUGGGUUGUUCCGUGGACCAGUCCGACACGGUUCUGGUGCGUCUCUACGGCAAGAAGACGGAGCUCUUUGUGGACCGCCAGCGGGAGGUGGAGAUGUUCCAGGUGUUCCACGCUCACGGCUGCGGUCCGGAGAUCUACUGCAGCUUCCGGAACGGACUCUGCUACCAGUUUGUGGAAGGAACCGUGCUGGAGGACCCGCUGCUCUACCAGCCCUCCAUCUACAGGUUGAUUGCGGCGGAGGUGGGUAGAAUCCACUCCAUCCGGACUCCGUGCUCUCGCCCCCCCGAGCCUUUCCUGUGGACCAAAGUGUCCCACUUUCUCACGCUACUGAGGAACAGUGCCGGCCGCAGCCCGGUCCAAACGCCGCGCACAAAGAGUCCCGCGGCCGGCCAGCAGUUGCCCAGCUUGGCGACGCUGUCAGCGGAGGCGGAGUCACUGGAGCGACACCUCUCGCUGGUGGACUCGCCGACCGUGAUGUGUCACAACGACCUGCUGACCAAAAACAUCAUCCACGACCGCAAGCAGGGGAGUGUGAAGUUCAUCGACUUCGAGUACGCCGAUUACAACUACCAGGCCUACGAUAUUGGCAAUCACUUCAAUGAAUUUGCCGGCACGCAAGACGUCGACUACAGCCGCUACCCGAGCCGCCAGCUGCAAAACGCCUGGCUGGAGGCCUACCUGGAGAGCUACAAGCGCUGCAGGGGGCAAGACGUCACCGUCACCCAGGCCGAAGUGACCCGGCUCUACGUCCAAGUGUGCAAAUUCUCUCUGCAGGCGUCCAACUUCUUCUGGGGUCUGUGGGCCGUCCUCCAGUCUCAAAGCUCUUCUAUUGAUUUUGACUUCCACAGAUACGCUAUGGUGCGACUCAACCGCUACUUCGAGAAAAAAGAAGAAUACUUUUCGCUCUCUCUCUGAUGAAGAGGUGUCCGAUACCGUACGUGACACGUUUUCUUGAAAGGUGUCCGCCGCUCUCAUGUAGUCAAUGAAAGGUCUCGGCCCGACACAAAUACCAUAGGGGCGUGAGAGAGUUAACCACUAGGCUAUAGCCAAAACAGCAGCACCUGUUGUGAUCUUUCACGGCAAUACUGUAGUUUUUUUGGGUUUUUUUACAGAUGUUUUGUGUAGUCUUUUUUUAAUUUCAAAUAAAAAGGUAAAAAUUAUUUUUCCGGCAAUUAUCAGGCAUUUUUGGACAAUUACGGAAAGAACGUUUGCUGUCAAUUAGCACUGCACUGUAAUGGGGCUAAAUUAUACAAUUAAUUAAAAUUGUAAAUACUUACUUAAAUGUGUCAUUAAUUAAUUAUAAUCGGAAUUGUAUACAUACAUGUGUCAUUAAUUUAUUUAAUGCCGUUUAAAUUGUAUUUAAUUAUUUAAAUACUGAAUUAAUUGUGUCAUUAUCUAUUUCAUGAUUUAAUUCAUAAUUUAACGUAUUAUUUCACAAUUUAAAUAACUAUUUCGGAAUUUAAUGUUUUAUCUAAUUAGUUCAUAAUCAUGUGUGUCAGGGCCUUAUGAUUUUUUUUUUUUUU